AUGGAUCCAAAUGAUCAAGCCAAAAUAGCAUUUAUAACCAGUCAAGGAUUUUACGAAUUUAAAGUCAUGCCGUUUGGGUUAACAAAUACUCCUGCAACCUUCCAAAAUCUUAUAAAUAAAUAUUUAAAGAAGAAAUUAGACAGUUUACUAAAGAAUGCUAAACUAAAACUUGGAAAAGAUAAAUGUGACUUUGCUAAGUUAGAAUUAGCAUUCUUGAGAUACAUUGUUAGUGAGUAA